AUGCAAGACGGAACUGCUGCGCGCAAUGAGGGUCGUGCUGAAGGCGAAAGAGCUCGUGCUGACGGCGAAAGAGAGCAUGCUUCGACGCGGCAUGGGAAACGUGAGGAACACGGCCAAGGGCAUCAACGAAGCAAGUCCGGAGGCAUACUAGGCGCUUUCCGAGAUGCCAUUGGCAAGUCACAGUCACCAUCCACUCAGAUAGGCAACGACGAGGGACACGACCAGGAUGUGGAAGUCGCGAAGAGGGCAUCUUCCAUCGCGACUGCCCUGCGCCAAAGCCAGGGCAGGCAGAGGAAGGGAUCUUUAAGGAAGGCGGCCAUGGCGAAGAUGCGUGAGCGGAGCAGCUCUUUGCGCAAAGCCAAACCACCCACAAUUACCACUACAACGAGCGUGAACCCCUCGGACGAAGCAACGGCCCCGGGUCGCUUCAGCUACGAGAACGCUCCUCUCAAUUCUUCGUCCGACAGCGGGUGGCUCCCCGCUGUCCAUCUGUCUCCAUCGUCACCCGCCGUCAUUUACACUCCACCCGACGACCCUGAACGUACCCUCCCGUCACUGCUUGCAUCACCUAUGAGCCCGGUGGCACCUUACGCUUCGACUACGGAUGAAGACGACAUCAUGUCCUUCUACCGCCCCUCUACCUCGGGCAAUGACUACUCCUUCAGUGGCCCGAACCAGGGCUCUGUUACAUCUCUCUCACACCGCCGUUCAACUCGGAGUAACCGACGCACUUCCAUUUCGGCAGUCCUGACACCUGCCGAGGCUGACCCCGAUGACGAGUGGGAUUACAGCGAGACGGAGUGGUGGGGCUGGGUCGUGCUCAUAGCUACUUGGAUCGUCUUUGUCGUCGGUAUGGGCUCCUGCCUCGGAGUUUGGAGUUGGGCGUGGGACGUCGGCGAGACACCGUACGCUCCACCUGACCUUGAAGACGACGCGACCCUGCCCAUUACUGGUUACUAUCCCGCAUUGAUUGUUUGCACGGCAGUCACGAGCUGGGUGUGGGUUGUUGUUGCCUGGGUUGGCAUGAAGUACUUCCGUCACGCCAAAGUGGGCGUAGACGGAUAA